AUGGACGAACAACAUAGAAGGGCUUGGGCUGAUGCUUAUUUUGAAGAGGAAAGUGAAUAUUUUUUUGAACGUGUCCCGAGAUAUUUUGAUCCUGUUUAUGAUUUUUAUGCUUCUGGAAAAUUGCAUGUACCUAAAGAUUUGUGUUUUGACAAGUUUAUGGCGGAGCUUCGUUUUUGGUCUGUUUCAAAAGCAAAAGUUGACCAGUGUUGUUCGCCUUUCGCCCAAUAUUAUUUGUACAAAAAGACUAAAAAUUUGGAUACUCCUGAGAAAGACCAUUUUAUUGGUCUCCGCUGUGCUAAAGUACGUAGACGUUUGUGGUUGAUACUUGAAGGCCAUUCAAACUCAAAAUGGUGGAAAUUUUUUGAAAUAACUUCAACCUCCUUUGUAGUCCUUUCAAUAACAGCGCUCAUUUUGGCUAGUAUGCCUGAAUUCCAAGUGCCAGAUAAUUCGAAUCAAAAUACAAUGUCUCUCGGAAAGCACUCAACAAACCCAACAUACCCAAAAGUCAGUGGAUUUACAAUUUCAACAACAACGGUUGUAAAGGACGGCGAAGAACAUCGUAUUGAAAUGAUUGAACAUCCUGUGUUUAAUUAUGUUGAGAAUAUAUGUGUUAUUUAUUUUACAUUGGAAUAUUUGUUACGUUUUUGGGUGGCACCUAUAAAAUCACAAUUUGUAAAAGAAUUUUUAAAUAUAAUUGAUCUCCUUGCUAUUGCUCCUUUUCUUUUUGAACUUUUACUUAUUUUUAUAGGAAUUCGGGGGGAUAAUAUUCGAAAAGUUCGUUGGGCAUUCCUCACAGUUCGUCUUCUACGGGUACUCAGAGUUGUUAGAAUUGCAAAACUUGGUCGUUUCAGUCCUGGUCUUGCCAACUUUGCCUUAACCUUACAACGAAGCAAAAAACAAAUGCAAAUGGUAGCGAUUGUAUUGCUUACUGGUGGGUAA